ACGAGCGACAGGGCUAGGGGGCGGUUCUCUUUCCUAGUCGACGAGUGCCCGCGGUGCUCGCCUACGCGGCACGUAUCGUAGUAGUGGCGUUACAAAGCUCACUCGAGCGAUUUCGUGUGCGAAGUGAGAUAAGCGAGUUGUCGUAGCGCGAUAAUGGAGCCUUCGAUCAUGUGCUCGGAGCCGUAGCAGUCAAUCUCUGCGUCGGCUUGAGGUCUGUUACGCAUCGCCAUGGGGCCGACUGCAGUGCCCGUGAUCGUGAACACCUUGGUUUGGUUUGUCGCCGGAGCCAUCUUGCCGUGGUUCGUGCCCAAAGGAGAGAACCGAGGGAUUGUUCAAACCAUGAUGGUGCUGACAUCGGUGUGCUGCUACGUCUUUUGGCUGGGACCAUACAUGAUGCAGUAUCAUCCAAUCAUCGGACCCCAGUUGGACCCAACAGCGGUGCAUGUGAUGAACGAGGAGUGGAAGUGAACUCCCUAUUAAACCUCGCUCUGCUCAUUUUAAA